CAAUGAUGGCGACGUGUGCUUGUGAGUCAGUGAAUCUGUGUAGUGUAUUUCAGUGAUAACUAUAGCAAACAGUUGUGAUACAUCAAAGUAUAAGUCGGAAUUGAUAAAACAUCUAGAGUUUUCCGCGAGUGAUUGAAGCCGACAGCCCAAUCUUUUGUUCUGCGCCUCGACAUUACAGACGGUGACAGUGCGGAGUGAUGGUGAAGGUGCAGGACGAGGAGCCCCGGACCGGACAGGUGGCGACUCCUAAUCGCCGCUCGUCCCAUGGUCCCUCCAAGGUGCCCGCGGCCGGCACAAGUAAUGUAGCCACCCCUCAUUUCCAUUACCAUUGGUCCUACCCUUCCACCGGCUCCACUCCCACACCCGCCACCUUCCACUUCGGGCCGGGGUUCGAGCCGCAGACCUCCCCUCAGCAGCACGUCGUCUACUUCCAUGUCAACCCCGGAGUCACGGUCAGCUUCCAGACGGGUGACAACGUCCAGGUCAUUAAAGGUCCAGUGACUGUGCCCAUGGUAUCGACCAACUCCUCGCCACCCAUCGCCAUGCCGGUCCAGGUGCCUCACGGUCACGUGGUACAGCAGAUCGUGGACGAGAGUGGUACACUGAGGCAUGUGAUCCUGUCGCCCCAGCACCCGCCCAUCGUGCCCAUGCCCACGCACUUUGGGCCAGGACCUGCCGCGGGCUCCAAUCAACCCCCUCAACCCUUUUUCACCCCUCAGGGCCUACCCCCAGGCUACCCACCAUUCGGCAACCCUCUCCAACCCGGGAUGCUGGGCCAUGUUCCUCCUCAACAAGGUCAUUCUCCGCCGCCCAAUUUUCACAAAGAUGAAAGGACACAAAAGCAGUAUAUCAAGCUGAAGAAGAAACUGGAACAAAAACAGCUCGGCCUACAGCUGAACGAGCAGAGGACACCUCCUGUUUCUCCUAGGAAAGACCUGGUGAAUGGGACGCGGGGAGGCAAGAAAGGUGGCAUGAGCAGUGUCGGCACUUCAGAGGACGGGGAGGAGAGCAGUAGUGUCCAGGAUGAGGAUGAGGAAGUCAACCUCAUCAUUGACUUACUAUCCACUAUUAAGGCUCCUCAGGUGACAGAGUUGAACUGUCGCAGUGCUCUGCUGCAGUGGUGGCCUCCGGACUGUAAGACUACUCCCGAGCUGGAGGUGUCCGAGGCCAGCAUAAGCUAUGAGGUGCUGCUAAGUGACAAGGGGAAGGAGGGAAAGUACAAGUCCAUCUAUAGUGGCUCAGCGCUCUCUUGCAGGAUCCAGGACCUGAAGCCCGGUGUGGAGUACAGUGUGUGUGUGACGGGGUGGUUAGAGGGACUAAUGGGCAGUGCGAGUGAGCCAAGCCUGUUCCGAACACCUCCGUGCGAGCCUGACACUCCGGUCAAACUGAAACUGGUAUCCCGCACUCGCACAUCGCUGCAGUUGCGAUGGAACGCCGUGGCUGACAAUGGCAGUCCGAUCACUCACUACCUGCUGCAAAGUUGGCAGGAGAGUUCGAAAGAGUGGGUGGAAGUUUACCGCGGCAAGGGUAAGCAGAGCAACCUCUCCAAGCUGCAGCCAGCUACAACCUACAAGUUCCGGUUGGCCGCAGUCAACGAGUGUGGCCAGAGUGAUUGGUCGGACGAGGUGGUGUUCUGCACAAGUGACAGCCCACCCACUGCACCAGCACCCCCUGUACUGCAAGAGGCUGGUGUUACGUCCCUCACCCUCGGCUGGGAACAGCGGCCGGUCGACGACGAGUUCACUCUGCAGAUGGACGACCGUGACACAGGCCAUGGUUUCCUACCAGUAUACAACGGCAAAGAUCUGAGUCACGUCUGCAAUGAUCUGCGCAGGCAUACAGCCUACAAAUUCCGGCUGAGAGCACAAAACGAAGAGGGAUCGUCACAGUGGAGCGAGGAAGUGAGUUACCGAACAUUGCCUGGGAGGCCUGCUCCACCCUCCCGCCCUUUCGUCAAGGGCCGUGUCCAUGCCCAUUACUUCAAAGUCAAAUGGGAGCCACCUACAGACCGAGGAGGCACGGACAUCACGGCGUACACAGUCCAGCUCAAGAAAAAUGGAGAGUUUGUGAGUGUGUACGGUGGACUGGAGACCGAGUGUGUGCUGGACCGCCUAAGUCCUGGGACCGUUUACGAGGUGCGGGUCUGCUGCGAGGGCGCUGGCGGGGUCAGUGAGUACUCGGACUCCCUCAUCGUGCCCACCGAGGCCACAUGUCCUGGGCAGUGUGCGCCACCCCGCCUUCAUGGCAAGCCCAGGCCAUACAGCGUAUCUCUCCGGUGGAACUAUCCAGAGGUGGACGGAGGAGCACCGGUGAGCGAGUGCGAGAUAUUGGUCCGAACACAAAACGUAGAGGACAGAAUAGCGUACCGGGGCAAGGACACUGAGUGUACAGUGUCCUCACUCAGCCCUGGACACUCCUACACAUUCCUGCUCCGAGCCAACAACAGAGUAGGGGCAGGGGCAUGGUCAGAGCCGUUGGAGGUGCGCAGUGGAAACGCCCCACCAGACACCCCUGCCGCGCCCCAGUGUACCCCCCGCCCUGGUCAUGUGGUGUCGUGCUGCUGGCCCGAGCCCCGCUGUAACGGGGCCUCCAUUACUGACUACCGCCUGGAGAUGGGGCAUGGGACCACUCCUGCCUUCACCACUGUCUACCAGGGUGCUCAAACUAGCUGUGAUGUGCGGUCCAUUCCUCCUGCCUCCCUCUGUCUGUUCAGGCUUCAGGCUUGUAAUGUGGCGGGGUGGAGCGACUUCUCGCCUGUGACGUCGCUGGUGUCCCCUCCAGCAGUGCCCGGCCCACCGCCCGCUCCCCGCUAUACCGCCACCCCCAACAGUCUCAAGCUCAGCUGGGGCAGUGCCCCUGACCAUGGCUCCCCAGUCACACAUUAUUGUGUCGAGGUAGCCGACCGCUCCAUCGUCACCGAGGAACAAUCCUGUGUAGUCGACAACCUGGCUCCAGCCACAACAUACAAGGUGCGGUUGAAGGCUGUGAACAGUGUUGGUGCUGGACCAUUGUCUGCUGCAGUGAAAGCCAGCACCCUCCCCCUUCCUCCCGCUCCACCCCUGCUCUCUUGCCCCAAUGCUGGACACAACUAUCUCAAACUGAAGUGGGGUGAUGGCAAGAACCCCCAGUUCACACAGUACACUGUGCAGAUGGAAAACCCCAGGCUUGCCGAGAAUGGACUACAGGUGGUGUACCAAGGAACAAGUCACUGUUGUAAGGUGAACAGGUUACAGGAGCAGACAGUGUACAGGUUCUGUAUAUCAGCUGCCAACGAUGCCGGGCAGGGACCAGAUUCGUCCUUCUAUGAGUUCUCCACAACUAUCGCUCCUCCACCAUCUCUUAAAGCACCUCGAGUGUCAGAAGUCAGCACCAAGGGAUGUUCAGUAGAAUGGCCACCCUGCAAGCCUCUGGCCUCAGAUCCUGUGCUGUACUGCCUGCAGCUAUCCAGGCUACGUGACCAGAUCUACAAGCAGGUGUACCGAGGAGGUGACACCAAGACCCAACUACAUGACCUGGAACCUGGCGCAGACUACUGUGUGAGAGUGUGUGCAGUGCGUCAGACGGGGGUGGGAGAACUGGCUGGAGCGUUCUCGCCCACUGCCACCUUCGCCACACCUGCCCCACACUCUACCCCCACCCACACUACCAAGUCUCACCAAGUACAGGCCACAACGCACAAGCCGCUAACGGACACCCAGUGGGCACUGAUACUCCUGGUAGCUUUUGCCAUACUUGCGUUUCUCUUUGCGUUCAUCGUGCAGCUCUUCAUGUACUAGCCCCCUCUCUCUUCACUCUGCUCCAUGUAAUUUAUUUCUGAUUGUCACGUUUAACUGUAGGAUUUGGGAUAACAUCUGACUGUACGUGAUUGUAGUCUUCCACAUAACCCCAGGCAGCUUUUUGUAUUGUGCACUUUCUGUACACUUUUUUUCCAAUUUUUUGUUCUGAUGCCUGGCUGUUUUGUAAAUUGUUAAAUAUACCAAUGUUUGUUUUUUUUAUUUAAAUGUUGAUGCGGAGUCGAGAUCUGCUGGUGCUAUUCCAUGUUUUGUCCGCUACAGUUGGCUCCACUGGCAGUUCUGAACAUUGUCUCUGCUGCUAUAAGUGUUAACAUUACUACAUGUGAAUGUGACUGUUGUAUUUAGCUUGACUGAUUCUGUUCUCGGCAGUGUGUGCUUUUGUAAUUUUGUUAAUUUAUUGUAGUAUUUAAUUAUAUCAAUUAAUGAAUGUGCUAACCCUAAUUAAAUUCCAAUAAAAUAAUGUUUUAAUUUUACAACUAAAUAAGUACUGUAAUUGUCACUAUAAAAUAAUCAUGAGAAUGAUAGUUGCUUGAAGUAUUUAUUUCUCAUAUCACCUUUAUUAUUCUCAGUUGCCUUUAUAAAACGUUUCUAUGUAACAGUUCGAUUACAGAUAGUUUCAUAAAUUCCUUUUAUACAGCAUUUCCAAGUCAUGAAAUUAUUUAUAAUUGAACAGCACAAAUUGUCUAAGAAAAGUUUAUAAUGGUAACUGCAGUAAUUAACAAAACAAGUGACAAAAUGAAAAACUGCUAGUAAAUUAUGUGUUUUUAACUAUUUAUAAAUUAUAGCAAAUGGUAUUGUUUCGUAUGCAUGAUAUCAGAUGUUUAUAUAUUAUUGUUUUGAUUAUAUAUCAAAUAAAUACUAUAAAUUGUUUAUUUUAUUAUAUGUGCAUACUUUGUAGCCAGUUUAAUUUUUAUUUAUUUUCUAAAUGUUGUAUUAAAUAUUAUUGUAAAUAAAACCAAAACACCAAUGAUAUUUUAAUUUGAUGUGAACAUGUAUUAUGGACUGUAUACUGUGUGUCGCUCAACCACAAGUAUGUAGCUUUACUACAAUUGCAGUAAUUUAAUUAUUCGGUGCUAUUGUUGGCCUAAAUGUUCAGAGCUGCCGAAAUGUGUGCAUUAUUAUAAUUAUUUAUCGUUGUUUAAGAGAAAAGGGUCUAAAGUGCGAAUGGAAGUAAGCCUUAAAGAGGUGCAAUACUAUAUAGUUACCGAUCUUCCGCAGCACUACUUCGGGGUGUGGAGCGAGACUUGUACUGGACACGCCCCGUGUCCAUCCAUUCCUGUAAAAAUAGAUUAAAUUAAAACUAUAUUCACUAUGGUAUUUUGAGUGUUGUUAUUGGUGCAUUUUUAUUUUUUCCAAGGUGUAAUAAAAUGAAUUAUUAUUGUUACUGUUGUAAUUAUAAUAACAGUUAAUAAAGCAAGGUUUAUUUAUCAUUGCUGUUAUUAUAAAGCAGGUAAAUGACAAGAGAUAUAUUAUAAAUAUUCUACUAGAUAUAUGAAAAAGUUAUUACAAAUAAAUAAAUAUAUAUAUAUAAAUACAUAUAAAAUAGUGAUAUGUUAUAUUUUAUGUAUGUGGAUCAUCACAAUGAAUACAAUUUCCACUAAAACCGAAAA